CUCAACAUUCUGAAGAGAAUGUGGUAAGUUUGUGUGACCAAAACAUCCAACUCUUCACUCUGUCAAGUUUUGAAGUGUCUGGAGUUCGUAGUUGAAUAAUAAACCUGGAGAUUUUUCAAUUGUUUAUGCAAUGACUGGAGUUUCUAAAGAAACUAUAGUGGUCCUGGGUGCGGGUGCCACAGCUGCUUUAAUCGCAGCAACGACAUGGUACCAAUAUGCGAAACGAAAGAAUAGAAUACCUGAUAAAUGGAUGGAAGUUGGAACGGUUGGUGAUCUCUGGAUUUAUCCGUUAAAAUCUGGGCGAGCUAUGGAGGUCGAAGAAGCCGAGUGCACAGAAACUGGCCUGAUUUAUCAUGAAGAAAAUAAAUUCUCCCUCAAGGACAGGGGUCUUCUGGUAUACAGAGGAGACAAUAAGGAACAACGCAACGCCAAGAAUUAUCCAAGGCUGCUUCUGAUCACUGUUACUACUGUAAACGAGAAAGAAAUUAAGCUUGAGGCACCAAAUAUGAGUCCGUUAAUAACAAAAACUCUAAUCGAAAAUCCACAACUGGUUGCGUGCACUCUCCACCAAGGCGAACGUCAGCAGUGCGUCGACUGCGGGGAUGAAGCUGCAAAAUGGAUAUCGCAGUACUGCGCCGAAGGAGAUUUCACCCUUAGACUGGGUCUGGGAGUGCGUUCGAAACGUAGCAUAAAUUCAGAGCCUAUGAAAUCGUUGGCAAAAGUUUACAAGAAGAUGCAAAACGAAGAUUUGGGAAUUUUUUCAGACAUAUGUAGCUACUUGAUAUUCAAUCAGGCCUCGUUGGAAGACUUGAACAAAAGAUUGCCUGCAGAUGUAUCACCACUCAAUUUUCGACCCAAUAUAGUUGUCGAGGGGCCCGAAGCGUAUGUUGAAGAUGACUGGGACUGGAUCAAGAUCGGCAAAGAUGCAAUAUUCAGGAAUGUGAAACCGUGUACGAGAUGCACACUGAUCAACUUUGAUCCCAAAACUGCAGUACCAGUGCCUGAGCGUAGAGUUUUGAAAAAAUUACAGGAGUACAGGCUGAUAAGGGAGGAAAGGAAACGUGAACUUGAGGGCAACGCACCGGCAAUGGGUGUCUAUGCAGGAAUUCGUAAGCCAGGCCAGAUUAAACUGGGAGAUAAGGUUUAUAUCGGAUAAUCAACACCGACUGUAUGGUGUUUUUGUACGUCAUUUAUAAAAUUAUUAUCUACAUGUCACGCAAAAAUUGCAUAAACUGCUAGAUGCAGCUUACGGUAUAAUCUUUAUCACAGACAUAGAACAUAUACAUUAUAUAUUAAGAAAAAAAAAGAUACUAUUUGUACAUUCGAUAAGCUCGAGUCUAAGAUAGAAUGUUGUUCCUGCGUAUGUACCUUGUAAUA